AUGAUGAGUCCAAGUGCAAGUGGCUUUGGAUGGGAUGAUGCUAAGAAGAUGAUUGUAGUAGAGAAGGAGGUUUAUAGCCAAUGGUGCAAGUCUCAUCCUACUGCAACUGGUUUAUAUGGAAAACUAUUUCCACACUUUAACAACUUGGAUGUUGUAUUUGGAAAGGAUAAAGCAUACGAUCAUGCAUCAGAAAGUCCAGCAGAACAUGCUUAUAAUAUCAUGAAAGAAUUUUUUCAACCAACGCAAGGGAGUGAGUUUGAAUUCAAUUUGAAUGAAGGUGAAGAGAAUUAUUAUGAGUCACAAAUACCAGAAACACCUACCUAUACCGAUACUCAAGCACCAAGUCAAGUAAGCCAAUCACAAUGCGAGGCUACUUCAAAAAUAGAAGGAUUACAGGCGGUAGAUGUGAUAAGGGCUGCUAUGCUUAUCACUAAAGACAACAAUCUUUGUGACUGUUUUUUCACUAUGGAUACUCAUGAAUUAAGGAAGGAAUUUGUGAAAAUUGUUUUAAGUAACACUAGUUCUUAG